AUGGACAUAGAUGAUAAAGCAGCAUUAUAUCAGUGUUGUGUUUUCUGUCUCCAGUACUUCUCCAGAACGGAUCGGGUUUUAAAACACAGACGAAUGUGUCACGAAAACAGAGAAAAGAAGACCAACAAGACCACUGGUAAAGGUGGGCCUGUGCGCGAAGCCGAUUCUUCAGGAUCUCUGUUUCUUCCCAAAGAUUGUUCUCUACCGAAGAAAAAGCGCCAAAAAUGUGCAGAAAAGAGUUUAGGAACUUCUGCUGCCGCCCACACCGACCGGCACACCUUUGCUAUGGAAGAAACCGAAGAGAAGGAGGAGCAGAGUCGAGAUAAAAUAGAAAGUCCGUCACUAUAUAAUGUGACCUCCAAGGUCAAACAUGAAUAUGUGAUUGCUGACUACUCAGUGGAACUUCCUGAAGAAACAGCCAGCGAACACGAAGACGAACAGUUGACGCCAGAAGAAGCGACCCCACCUAAAAUCGUGUUGAAGAAAGUCCCCAAAGGCAGUCUUAAACAGUCCAGUGAGCGCACCCCUCCAUGUUUGCCCACCUCCUUGUCCUCCUAUGAGGAAAGUGAUAAAGUGGGACAGUACUCUUUUGAAAUCGUGGACAAGCAAAGCCUUUUAGAUGCCGAGGGAACCUCUGAACUCGAAUCAGUCGAAACUCUCCAAGAAGGACCAACAAAACCGGCAGCCAGCAGCACAAACUACGAAGAUGCCAUGCAGUUUCUCAAGAAGAAGCGUUACCUUCAAGCUGCCAUGGCCAACAACGGUCGGGAGUACAGCCUGAUUACAAGCAGCAUCUCUUCGCAGCCGUCCGUCACGCAAACUGUGUCAACUGUCAUUGAUGAAACUGUCCCUGCCACCAUCCUGGAGCCCCAGCCAAUCAACACUGAGAUAAAGACGACUCAUGAGAAAAGCGUUUUGCCUGAUGAGGUUCUUCAAACCUUGUUGGACCACUACUCCAACAAAGGUAAUGGUCAGUCAGACAUUUCUUUUAGUGUUGCUGACACAGAGGUGACCUCGAGCAUAUCUAUUAACUCCUCCGACGUUUCAGACAGCAGCCCCGUGGACAGCCUCGGAGCCUCCAGUGCCCAAGCUCAGCCGCCUUCUGAAAAAGUCAGUCUCUUGCAAGAAUACUCCAAAUUCCUGCAGCAAGCGCUGGAGAGGACCAGUCAGAACGACAGCUACCUGACCAGCCAGAGCCUCAGUUUGGUCUCCGAAAACCCCACGUUAGCUGGACAGCCUCUGCUUUCCACAGAGAAACAGUUUUCCUCUCCCAGCAGGUUCAAAUCAGGGAUGAGCUCUCCAAUGAGAUCCACUUUAGACAAACCUCAUUUUGGAUUACUGGUAGGAGACCCCCACCACUCGUUCUCGUUUUCAGGUGACGAGACCACUUCGCCCUCUGCUGAGGAGGACUUCUUGGAGCAGGUUUCGCCUUCUAAAAAAACGGACUCCUCACAAGGGAUGCUGCAGACUUUCCAGAUAAGCUCUUUUGAACAGAACUUCAAAUCACAUUUCCAGACAUCAAGAUCUGCAUCGUCCUCGCAGUUUACGGUCACCAACGGACAAGUAAGCCUCCGAGGACACAGCACGGACUUCUCAGAGUUUUCUUUAGGUCGAGUCCCAGAGGCUAGAUCUCAGUUGAACUCCUCCCCUGACGUUUCAGCCAGUGAAUCAUUUGGCUGAACAAAAGAGAGGAAAAACUUAUUUUUUGUUCAUUUUAGCAGCACUUUAUCUCAUUUGUCUUGUUUUGCCAAAACAAAUAUCACAAUUGUGAUUUUUUUUUUUCUUAAAGCAG